CAAGUUGCGCCAGCUCUCCGACGUCUCCUCGGUGUCGUCGAGCGAUUCUGAAGAUGAUGUGAAGCGGAAAAAGGCGAAAAAGAAGAGCCCAAUCCCGAAAAAAGAGGCCAAAAAGCGUCAACCCUCGCCGCCGUCAGCAAGUUCGGACUCGGAAACGGAUUCGUUGUCCUCACUUGACGAGACUAUCGCCAAGGCGAAGAUGGCCGUCAGCCAGCCCCCUCCCCGGAAAGCCGCCUAUCCGCCGCCGAAGAAGACCCAACCACCUCCCAAAAAACGUGGGCGAAAGCCAACGAAAAGCCGUGGCGACUCGUCGGAGGCGCCCUCCGAUUCGGAUGACGCUGACGAGCCAAUGUUUCCGCCUAAGGACCCGUCGGUGACCUACCACGACCCGGUGGCCGCCUGCGGCAUGGACAAGGAAUGCAACAGGCCGCAGACUUUGGAAGUGAACUGGGUUUGCUGCGACGACUGUGACAAGUGGUACCACGCAAUUUGCAUCCUGGGAAAGGAGGAUAUAACCGGCCUCGGCGACUUUACCUGCGGCUGCAAAGAAGCAAAAACAAAGCCGAAAAAGAAGAAGAUGAGA